UUUUGCAGGGAACAUCCAGAGAUUGCGAGCGGGACGCGGGACUGGGGCGCCCGGCGCAGUCCGCGGUCGGGAAGCGCGCCUGCUUUUUGUCCCCUCUGCCCUUCCCUCCAGGUUGCGGCGGCAGCGGGCCAAGUUGUAACAGCAGAAGGUGCUGCCAAGGGAUCUGCUGUUGAUGCCAGACUUGGAAUCUGCAACUGCCUGAACAGAGAGAGGAGGAGACCUGCCGUUUUGGUUCUCUGCCUCAUUAAGUUGCUCAGCUGGGAACUGGCGGUACUUGUAAAGAUGACCGCAGAUUGAUGGCCCGAGUUUUGCAGACAGUUGAGCCCUUGGGGGGGUUGCUUGCUUCUGACAUCAUUCCUUUGUGAAACAGGGAGUUGUGCUCAGGGAGUUGAAACCAGGGGGAGCCAGUGGAAGGGCUGCAAGUUUUUGCUUUAAAAAACCCAGGCAACUCCAGUUCUCUAUCCAAGCCCCUAGUUACCUCCUUCCAUCUUCUCCCAAUGCCUGCGAGGAUGCACACGACUGUCAAGUUUUUGAUGUAACUCGGGAGCCUCCCAGCUUUCUCGCCAUGGCCUCUGUGGAUGGAUUGCAGUACCGUGCUCUUUAUGAGUAUAAGAAGGAUCGGGAGGAAGACCUGUCUCUCUGCCCUGGAGACCUGCUCACCGUCAACAGGGCAGGGCAUGCCUGUGUGGACUAUAAGGAAGGGGAUGAGAGAAACCCCCAAGGCUGGCUUAAUGGCUUCAAUGAACGUACCAAGGAAUGGGGAGAUUUCCCAGGCACUUACGUAGAGUACUUGGGUCCUGUGAGGAUUGUGGCUGCCACGCCUAAAUCAAGGCCCAGACCACUGCCACCAAUGCCAACUGGGGCACCUUCCAGUCACUUAUGGGGACCUCCUGGGCAGAUGGAGUUUGUUGACUGGUUAAAUCUUCCUGAACAAGCACUGCUGGUUGUAAAGAGACUUGUUGAAGCUUUGGAAAAAGAAGGCUUAGAUAACGAAGCCCUUUACCGAUCACCUCCCAGUUCCUUUUGCGAUGCUCAACUCAAGCAGCAUCUUCUGACAGACUUGGGAUCUGUUGAUCUGGACCAGUUUGAUGGGCAGACAUUAGGUGAAAUGCUCAGGCACUACCUUCAGGAGCUCCCUUGCCCUGUGAUUCACCCAGCAACUUACAGUGAAUUACUUUACAUAGUUCAAGAAACUCAGAGCCCAGAGGAGUGUGGUCAACAGAUAAAAUUGAUUCUAGAAUCUCCACGUCUCCCUCAAUGGCACAGACUCCUCCUGCAACACCUGACCAGGCAUUUCUAUAAACUGUGCCAGAAUGGCAGCAAGAAUCACUUCACACCCAGGAUGCUUGGAGAGGCCUUUAGUGACGUGCUUUUUAAACCAUCCCCAUCAAGCAUGGAACUGAAUCCCGAGCACCAUGUGAAGAUUAUUGAGGCUCUUAUCAUGGCUGGUGGAGUGUCAGAGAUCCAGGCAGCACCAGCUCUUCCUCCAAAGCCCUCCAAACCAAUAACUCCAGUAAAUACAAGUGGGAUAAAAGAGAACUGCAGUUCAUCGCUGCAGGAUGCCGAAUGGUACUGGGGAGACAUUUCAAGGGAAGAGGUAAAUGACAAAUUACGAGACAUGCCGGAUGGAACAUUCCUGGUGCGGGAUGCAUCAACAAAGAAACAAGGAGACUAUACCCUGACAUUGCGGAAGGGUGGCAACAAUAAAUUGAUAAAAAUUUAUCACCGGGAUGGGAAAUACGGUUUUUCUGAUCCACUGACAUUCAAUUCUGUUGUGGAACUGAUUAACCACUAUCACCAUGAGUCUCUUGCCCAGUAUAACCCUAAACUAGAUGUGAAGCUUAUGUAUCCUGUAUCUAGGUACCAGCAGGAUCAGUUGGUAAAAGAAGAUAAUAUUGAUGCCGUGGGCAAAAAGCUUCAGGAGUACCACACCCAGUAUCAAGAGAAAAGUAAGGAAUAUGACAGACUAUAUGAAGAAUACACCAGAACAUCACAGGAAAUUCAAAUGAAGAGAACAGCAAUAGAAGCUUUUAAUGAAACAAUUAAAAUAUUUGAAGAGCAAUGUCACACCCAAGAGCGAUAUAGCAAAGAAUACAUUGAACGAUUCAGAAGAGAAGGAAAUGAGAAGGAAAUUGAACGCAUUGCGAUGAAUUAUGAAAAAUUAAAAUCGCGUCUGGGUGAAAUCCAUGAUAGUAAGCUGCAACUGGAACAGGAUUUGAAGAAGCAAGCUCUAGACAACCGGGAAACUGACAAGAAAAUGAACAGUAUCAAACCUGAUCUUAUGCAGCUGCGCAAAAUCAGAGAUCAGUACCUUGUCUGGCUUAAUCAUAAAGGAGUGAGGCAGAAACGAAUAAACGACUGGCUUGGAAUAAAAAAUGAAAACAUUGAUACAUACUUUACAAAUGAGGAGGAUGAAAAUCUGCCACAUUAUGAUGAAACAUCUUGGUUUGUGGGAGAUAUCAAUCGCAUCCAAGCAGAAGAUUUGCUUUGUGGGAAACCUGAUGGAGCAUUUUUAAUUCGAGAAAGUAGCAAGAAAGGCUGUUAUGCUUGUUCUGUGGUAGCUGAUGGUGAAGUUAAACACUGUGUGAUCUACAGCACUCCAAGAGGUUAUGGGUUUGCAGAGCCAUAUAACCUUUAUACUACCCUAAAAGAAUUAGUCCUUCAUUACCAGCAUACCUCCCUUGUCCAACACAAUGACUCCCUCAAUGUCCGGCUUGCUUAUCCUGUCAACGCACAAAUGCCCUCCCUCUGUAGAUAAAUUCUAGGAGGAUGGAGUAUAGGUGAAGUGUUGGUUCUCGGAUUUCUUUUCUACAGUUUUUACUAAAACCCAGAGGGCAUUCUUUCUCCUUAAGACUGCUUGUUUUGCACAAGAAAUGAUUUGAUGAAUGUGAAUUGGAGACCUAGCAGCAACAAAAUAAUAGCUUUGGGGUUGGUGCCCUGGUGCUACCUGAAGAUCAGCUGUGUUUUUCUAUAAGGAGACUCUCUCAUUUUCCCUAUAAGGAACAAGUUAUCUCUUUAAAGAUGCAUACAGAAAGAACUAAAAGCAAAACUUUUGCCAGGCACCAUCAGCGGAACUUCUACUUGGAUUUUGUUUUUCUGAGGUAUUAGUAAUGUCUUUCAGUCUUAAGCUCCAGGAAAAUGUAGGGAAAGUCUCUACUCCAUAAACUUCCCUGUUAAUUUUAGCAGCUUGGCUGCAAAUCAGACAAACUUACACAUGAGGGCUCAUCUUGAUGUAGCAUGGUAUUUGGUGAGAGGAGACCAAAGGAAUUAUGGGGAGAGUUUCAGGUUCUUAUUUAAAAGAAUAUCCUCAAGGAAAUAUUGCUUUAUAUUCUACCAACAUAGCAAAAUUUUGGUUUCAAUAGUACUUACUGGUCUUCAAAUAAAAGAAACCAAAUUGAACCCACCAAAACUACUUUCAUUGCUGGAUUUUUUUGGGGGGAGGGGUAGAUUGCAUUUGCAAUCACACUUGCCAAAACUUGAAGAGAGAAAUAUAAAAGCUAAAAAAGUCUUUUGUUCUGAAAACUAACCUGACCUGAUGUAACUGCACCACUUCCCCCUUUAUUAUUUUUAAAAUGUGGUUCUUUUCUUCCAAGGAUGUCAGAUUUUGUUUUUAAAAGAUACUAAGCUUUGGAAUGUUAAGCAGAAUGAAGCUGGCACCUGGCAUGUUUAUAAGAUGCUGAACAAUGAAUUUUCUGUUUUAAAAAAAAUUGUUGUUUUUUUAAAAAAAACUUUAGAAGUGCAAUGGAUUGCUUCUCAAUGGCUUGCUAAACCAAAAAAACAAACAAAAAACCCCUAUGGGUGCAGUCUAUAUACUGUUGAAACUGGCUACAAAACUGUGUUUAUAAUGCAUUUGGAUUGCACCCUAAAUCACGAAAUCCAUUGUACAGGUUCUGUAACCUUAGAAUUCAUUGCUGGCUUACCAUAAGACAAAUAUUUGGGUAGCUCAAUUCAAUGGGACUAGUAAAGAUAUAAAGUGGUAGAAUCUCUCAGUAUGUAAACAGCUUUGCUUGGUCAUCUGCCAUCAUCAGAUUCAUCUGGAUUAUAUGUAACAUCAAAUAAUGAAAUUAUAGCAAAUAGUGAGAACUGGAUCCACUAGAAUGUGAGAAUUUGUGCUCCGACAAUGCUGUAUUUACAUUUUUUUUGUCACUACAUGUAUGCCCUUGUUGAUUUAUUGUGAUUUCUAAAGAUUAUAUUUGAGCUAGAACACUUGCUUACACAACAAGGACAAAUAGGAAGAUUCAGCAUGAAGUCAUUCCUUUUUCUGUCUAGUAUUUGAAGUGCAUGCCAGGGAGUUGGGACAUUUGGAUCUUUUCUGGCUCCAACCUACCUUCAGUGCCACCUUGAACCCCCAGACUGUUAGAUUCUAAUGUUUACACAAAGCAGAAUGCACUAUAAGGGAGCUUAGAAGUAUUAUGCAGAAUAUGAAAUUGCUGAACAGGAAAAUGAUAAAAUUUGAGCACUAAUCAGCAACUGGAGGGGCUAUACAAGAUUGCUUGACAUGUCCCAAAAGCACUUCUGUUUUGCACUAAUCUACUACCACUUAAGCUAAGUGCUGGCUAACCAGCUGGAACAUGAUCUUCUAAAAAUGGAACCAUGGUUGUCAAAAAAAAACCACCAACCCAUCCUAUAGUCUUUAAAUUUGGGAGAUGAUAGUUAAUAACUUAAUGUGCCAUCAUCUUUUCAGUCCCUCUGUUCCCAGGCCUGUCCACCCCCACAUCCUCUUUAGCCAGCAGCAAUAUGCUACUUUUAUUAAGCAUGACACUGGAUUCUGCCACUUUUCAGAGUCAUCAGGUUGAGACUUUAUACCUCCUCUGGAAGCCUAACCAGCUUGCACAUUCUAAUUUGGUAUCUGCACAUUGCUUAAUAUUACUCUGUCAUUAAAUCUAGCAUAGACCACAGAGGCUUGUUUUGACUUAUUCAGAAUCAGUGGAAUGUUUUCCCAUAACUACCAAUUAUAAAUCUUCACAUUUUAAUGUUAUAACCCAGGCAUCCCCAAACUGCGGCCCUCCAGAUGUUUUGGCCUACAACUCCCAUGAUCCCUAGCUAACAGGACCAGUGGUCAGAGAUGAUGGGAAUUGUAGUCCAAAACAUCUGGAGGACCGAAGUUUGGGGAUGCCUGUUAUAACCAAACAAUGAGCUAAUUGGCAAUUUAGGCCAUACCACACAACCCCCACUGUUUUGCAUUAACUUAAUUUGGGUUUGCCCCUAGGAAGUCACUGGUUCCAGUGCUAGUCCCUCUCAGAAAGACCCACUGAAAUUAAAUGAACCCAAGUUUGUCAUGUCCAUUGACUUCAGUGAGUCUACUCCUAAGUAGGAGUAGCAUGGCCCUGGGAUACAUUCCUUUGGCUUCUGUUACUGUAUUCAGAGUAUCAGUAAAUUCAUAUGCUUCCUUUAGGUUCAUUUUUUAAACAUUUACAAUUAACUUUAUGUGUACUUCAUCUCACAAGGUGCCUUGAUUUACUUCCCUUUAAAUUGGCACAUUCUGACACAUUUUGAUUAGAAUUUUGAGGAAAGUAAACAUAUAUACGUGGCUUCCUUUUGGCUUAUAAAUAACAGCCAGCUGGUGUUCACAUGCUUGCAAUGCCUGAACAUUUUUGGAUGGACUUUGCAAGUGAAAAAUCAUUUUGCAGGAAAAUGAAAGAUUGUAGAAGAAAUGUUCUUCUACCAUCAUUCAGCUUCCAACAACAUUUCUUGAUUUAAUGUUCUCAUGCCUAAUUUUUCACACCAGUUAGCUGACCUCAAGUGGCAGCAUUCCAAAUUCUCAUAGUUCACCUUUGUUAAGAUCAGCUUCCUAGCAUAACUUGCUGUCUUUCUACAAAUGCAUUAGAGAAUGGCAAAAUGGAAGAUGAGAAGAUGAAUGUGUUGUUUUUUAAGCCAAUGAGCUAGGCUUGUUUUAGUAGAACAUUUUUUUUUAAUCUGCUAGAUGUUAUACUGAUUUCAAUGACCCAACUAUGUAAAGGUUUUUUGUUAAGCAUUAAACUGGUUGGGGAGAAAGGCUCUUAAUACACAGUUUAUCUGAAGUACUUUAGUGGAGAGGAUUCAAUAUUUUCCUUUCUCACAAGUUGAAAACUGCAUAUUUUUCUGUAGCUGUUGCAGUAGCUGCAAUGCACAAUAGAUCAGCCAAGAUUGAAAAGUAAUUGAACUGCUAGUACUUCUGCAGCUAAUUUCUUUGCCAGUCACAUAUCAUAAGAACAAAUACAGCACUGUUAAGGAGAAAUUUUGGGAAGAAUUCAUAUAGAGGUUACAACAUAGUUUUUCCUCUGUACCUAUGUUGUACAAAGCAGUAUAUUGAAUAUCCUACUUAUGAAUGUAGGAAUAAAUCCAGCCUCACUGGGUUACUUUUCUAGUCUGUGAGCUAAAUUGAUUUUAUGUGCACAUUGGAGCUGCUUGAUUACCUUUCACUAAACAACAGUUCUUUGCUUAACAAGUCACUUUUAAAAUUUGGGAGAGUUCAGAAAUUAUACCUGAUGCAGUAUGUGGUGGUGUUUAGCUGGAUACAAACUUUGAAAAGCUCCUGUAGUUAAAAUGUAGAGCUGGUGAUGCAAUUCUUAUGAUCAUAGCCUAAAAUGAAAAGGAGCAGGGGAUCAGCCAACACAAGCAACAUAAAACAAUCAUACAACCCAAAUUUAAGUUUAAAUCUACCUCCAGCCACUGAAUUCACAUAUAAAUUAGUAUGCAUAAUCCCUUUAAUUCCAGUACUCUCCCCGCCCGCCCCGCCCCAUAACUGUAGGUGUUUGGUUUUCCCAUACUCAAGCACAGUUCUCAUACAUUCUUUUUUUCAUCCAAACUCCCGGUCUGCACAAGCUCAGGAAUAUGGAUAGCAGCAAUUAUUCAGUCUUUCUUAAGAUCAGGCACACAGUAGACUGUAGAAGCCAACCUGGACACAUGUAGGACACAUAUUAAGAGCUUGAGGUGGUUUGGUUCUGUAAUUAUGUUGUCACUUGGAAAGCCACGACAACAUGUACAAUGACUUAAUGGGUUCUCUUCACAUAGCAAUUUUCCUGUUUGGCUAUCAUAUUUCCAAGUCUACAAAAGCCCCCUCUUUGGUACUUGAACAAUAUUUGUUUGAAUGUGUAGUUUUUUUGUUUUGGUUUAAUUCACACUAACAGGGAAUAAAAAUCUGAAGUGGUAACAUGUAUUGUGUGUAUGCAGAUGUAAGACAUUUUUUGUGAGAUGACAAGAGUAUAAAUGCAGAUCUGGGUAUAAUGUAUGCUCAAGGUUUUUCUUCUACCCAUUUUUAUCUUUUUAAUGUGAAUUCAUAAAUAUAUACUUCAUGACUUGGAAAGUUUCAGUAUGCUCAUGAAGUAAAGAUUUACAUCCAGUUUGUUUCACCCUUUAAAAUACUUGCACUUAAAAGCAGCCAGACUUGGAGUUUUAACUUGAAACCUCCAUUCUCUGAUAUGCAGCAAUUGUACUUUUAGACAUGAACUCUGUUUUUCUUUUCUUUAAUGAGAAUUACUUUGUUUCCUGAAAAUGAUAGUUUUCCAGAAUUGAGGUGUUUUAAGGCAUUUUGUGAUAGGAAGCACAUCUUAAAAGAAACGGAAUAAGGAUGUGUCCAAGGGCUGGCAUCAGCAGUGGACAUGGUCAGGCACUUCUUGGGACCCAUAACCAGUCUCCCACUGCUGCACUUCUCUUUCUCAUUGACACCUCACCACUUGACUCUUCCCAACCUGCUUAGGAGUCUCAGGGAUGUGAGGAUGUGCACUGCACCAUAGUCUCAUGACUCCCCUUAAGUUAGGAAAGCUAUUCCCUGUCACCACAGCACCCUUGCUUCAUCCAAGUUGAUAGGGAAAGUCACACAGGCAUUGGAGGCAAUACCUGUCAUUGACUCCACAUACUUGCACUAACCAGGGCAGUGCUUUCCAUCCUAACCUGCCCUAGUAGUUCUUUCUCCUUGCUAGCUGUAGAUGUAUUGACCAACCCUGGCCUCCCUGUCCAUGAGACACUGCACCCCACAUUCUUUUCCCUGAAGCCCAGAACCUGCUCUUACACCCCACCUCACACACACACACACCCCAGUAAAGAGAUGUGGGAAGAAGCAUUUUGCAUUUUGCUUUCUGCCACUUGCCAUCAACCCAAAGCUCUUUCAUGGAAGGGGUAAAUGGAACCCACUCUGACUCUAAGGAUUAUAGGGUGACUUUAACAUAAAUGUCAGUUGCCUAAAAGCUAAUGCUGUUUUUAAGCCAAAUUGUACAAACAGCUGCAAUGUUUCUACACGCCAAGAUAGCUCUGGGUGUGGUGGUUGAAGCUUUUUUCCCUGUGCCAUCUUCAUGAGCUAAAUCACCAUUCUGAAGCUAUUUGGUGUGUUAGGGGAAACGAACAUACAACUGGGGUGCUGCCUGUUUUCUCCCCAGCCCCUUAGGGCAGAUAUUAAAUAUGAGGGAUGAUUUAUUUUCAGCAGGGAGAAGAGUUAAAAACCCACUGUCCCUCAAGCACUAUUAUUCUGGUAUGAUUGGGCUGUAAAUAAUACACAGGAUCUCUCAACAUCCUAUUUUCUCUCAGCCCUGAGCUAAGAGCUUUGCUUGGCUGGAGUAUGUUUUGACUGAACACUGAAUAACAAAUAGUGGAAGUUUAGCUGUUCUAAUCAUUCUAACUUUUCUAGGUUUCAAACACUAGCAUUUUUGGCUUGCUUCAUAAUUUUAAUGCAGACCUUUAUACUAUACACCAUUCUUCAGCAACAUACCUUACUCCUGUUUUAAGGCUCAUGGAGGUUGAGUAUUGCAUACAGCAAUGGCUCAUAGUUAAAGUUUAUUCUGUUUCACGCUGCUUAGUAUCUUACCUAUAACCAUUGGGCGCUUUGCACUUUUCUCCAAUCAACACCUCGGGACACAUUUUAUUUUCAGACAGGCAUUUGCAGUUUCUAAAGAAAAGCUAUUUAAAUACAUUUUCAAGGGUCAACAUGCUUUCUCCUCCCCCAUCAUAGGCUAGUAUGUUCAGUGGUGUUGCACCCUUGUAUGCCAGCCAACUGUGUGUUGUCUUUCUUGGAGUGUAGAGUAUUCAGUAUUUGCAGUGACUGACUACAAAGAAAUUUAACUCAACCUGUUAAUUUUUGCUAGUUUACAGCACCAUGGGAUUGUACUGGUCUGCAACGUGUGUGUAUGUGUGUGUGCGUGCACGCACUGUAUGUAUAUAGAUAUAUGGAAAAUAAAUUCACAUACAUAUAUCUAAUAUGCAUUGGCCAUAACUAGCCCUGGCCCUCUGAAACUCCAAAUUCACAAUUUUCACUUGCUUUACCCACCUCACAAUCUGAAAGUCUGGAUCAUUUUGUUCUCCCCCCCCAAAAAAAAAGUGGGGUUCCUCACUUAUACUCUCGAUGUGCUUUUAAAUUUCCAAUUUUUUAAGUGUUUUCCUUAUUUGCUUCAAGAUAAAGCAUUGUAGUUUAUUCAAAGCAAAGUGGUUGCAUUUUAUAUAAACCCCAUUUCUUUUUGAGAGACAGUAACAGUUGCACAUUUCUUAAAUAUGGGAAAACCCCAUCUAGAACUAAUGUGCAAAGGAGAAUAAUAGCAUUAAUCACUGUGUAUGGACUCAUUUUACAAAUACAUGUAACAAUGAGUAGGUAGCUUCAUUUUGUAUUGAGGUAUGCCAGGACUGUGCACUCCUUCUGUACAUCCCGCACAUGAACACUACAUUCUUGAAAUCCAUUUUGGUUUUUCUUUUAAGGGAUGCUAUUUGUGAAAGGUUGCUUCUCAUGGAGCAAAGGGGAUUGUUUUUGUUUUGUUAUUUUUUAAAUAUAAAUUCCAGCAUGUAACUUGAGUAGUCUUGUUGGUAUGUAAAACCUGUUCUUCUGUCAUUUUAUGGUGUAGUCAAAUUCAUGUAGUUUAACUUUUAAAAAGAAACUGCUUCAUGAGGAAAACAAUUGUAUGUUAGUCAUAUUGUAGUUUCUAGAUAAGUAAUGCAACAUUGUACUUGUCACCAAAUGUGCUAUGAUCUUACUGUAUGUUUCUAUUUUUUAAAAUAGGUGGUUGAGCUUUGGAAUCCCAGACACUAAGCAUUCUGGCCUACUUUGCUUUAGAAUAAAAAUGCAAUAAAAGAUUGCAAUAAAGCACAUUUACAUGUAAUGUUUUAGAAGGAUGUACUGACCGCUGUUUCUAAUAAAUUGAGAAAUACAGCCUA